AUGGUCCUCCCGGAACACUCCCUCAAACGAUCCUCCUCAUCCCUCCUGGAUGCUCCUGGUAUCUCCGAUGUGAAACGAAUCAAACGCCCUUACCACCAUCACCAUCGGCUCCAGAACCCCGUUGCCCCCGCCCUGCCGGAACCCGCCAUCGUCGACGAGUCCUGCAUCGACGAUGUCCUGAAUCGCUCCAUCGGACAGUAUCUACAAGAAUGCGGCUUUGAUAUCGCCGACCCUGCGGCGCUGGACGCCUUUCGAAGGGUGACGGAGGAAUAUCUUCUGCAGUUCGCCUCAUAUGUACGCCAGUCGAUGCUCUCUUGUCGGCGCGUCCAGCCUAUCCCUCAAGACUUCGAACAUGCGUUGAACAGGCAGUGCGUGCCGGUGGGCGACCUUCUACCGCACGUGAAACGUCAUCCGAAUAUCGAACCUAUCCCCACGCUUCUACCAAGCCCGCCGCCCGAAGAAGACUCCUUCAAGAUUCUGCCCUCUCUCGGCCCACUGCUCGGCGAUGAGGAUGAUCGCGUCCAAAAUGCCUACAUCCCGAAACACUUUCCCGACUUUCCCAGUAAACACACCUAUCGACACACGCCUGUGUUCACGGAACGAGAGCAGGAUCCGCGCAAGAUUCGCGAGCGAGCGACAGAGGACGGUCGACAUGGUGAGGAGGCGUUGCGCAAGUUGGCUCGCGCGGCCUUCAAGGAUAAUCAUUCUGGUGCGUCGGUUCGGGAUAAGAAGCCAUGGGGACGACGGGCAGAGAGCAUGGACGGGAUGUUUGAGAAGACAGUCCGGGCGCUCGCGAAAAAGGUGCAGAAACCAGCGACAAUUCCGGGCUCUGGUCCCAUGGAGAUCGACUCGGGGGCGGGUGCGGAUGCACGAUCCAAGCCGUCGUUGAAUAUAGAGCUGCCUCCGAUUAUCAACUGCGAGCGAGACUUUUGGCGACGGGCACCCGCAUCCGGGAGUCGGAGGUCGGAGGAAACCAAGCCAUCCAGCUCGAAGGACACCCCCGACAUGUCGAGGGUCGAUAGCUGGCAGUCGUUUCGACCGUCAAUCCGCCCGCACAUCUACCAUAAAGCAAUCGUGAGCACAGUCCCCUACAGCCCAAGCAGAGAAACAAGAAAGCACCCACCGUCGAAACAGCCUCACGAUCGGCUUGCAAUUCACCACCCCCGGCUGGGGAAUUCCCUCCUGCGGCGGAUUGCACGAGUAUUGCACCAUCUCCAUCAGCUUGCACUUCUCCAGCUCGACCGGACCGCCCUUGCGACGCUUUUCUUGGAAGUUCUUGGUCACGACGUUGACGUGGUCGGGCAGGGUCUCGGCGGAGAAGACGGGGACGAGAGGGGCCAUUGUGAUCGCUGUGUGUGCUCGAUGGCUGCUAGUUUCGGGGAGAACUUGUUGGGGGAGGUGUUUGAGGAGGGGCUGAAUGAGCUUCUUUAUGAUCUAUACCACGGCAGUGUUGAUGCUGGUGUCUUGAAGCCCAGUUUGGGGGUUCAGGUGCUUGAUGAUCUUCUGGAUGUUUUCACCGCGCCGACGCCUGCUGUACAGGCUAUGAAUUCAGAACAGUCUUUGUCGCAGGAUUUGCCUCCAAAUGAUCAGGAAGAAUAUGGGCGGCAGUUUGAAGGAGGUCUGGUUCAACCACAAGGCGAACAUAAUGUGCUCGCAAACAUGUAUAUCCCGCCGUUGGUGAACAGGAGCCAUGCGGAACCGGUCGUGGAAAUCUCGAGUAAGCUGUCUGCAGCUGGAAAGUCGCAUCUGCUGUACUAUCUCGCUGCAGUUGCUAUUUUGCCGUCUGUGAUCAAUGGUGUUCCCCUGCAUGGCCGCGAAUCAGCUGUGGUGUUUCUUGACACAGAUGGCCGGUUUGAUGCUGAGCGACUCAGAACAGUGCUAGGAGGGAUUGUCAAGGCAAGAAUAAAGGCACUGGUUGAGAACCCAACCAAAGUAAUAUCGGCAGAUGGUAAAUCAUUUGACUGCUCAGAUGAAGACAUCAAGAACAUGCUUGUCACCUGUUUGCAACAUGUUCACGUCUUCCGUCCACAAUCGUCAUCAGCUCUGCUUGCUACACUUCAGCAUCUGGAUACAUACCUGUUCGACCUUACUCGGCAUCUCUCGUCUAGCCGACCUGUGCAUGCUAUAUACCUCGACAGCGCCAACGCUUUCUUCUGGCAAGAUAAACUGCAAGACGAAAUCGCUCGGGUGGGGGAUAUCGGACGACCGGCCGCUGACCUUGAGCGUGAGCGUACUCAGAAAGAGAGCUUUCACAUAGCAGACCUCUACAGUGACUUGGUUGCGGAAUUGAAGCGGCUACAGAGACUGUUUAGCUGUGGGGUGGUCUUCACUUCUACUGUUCAGGGGAAGUCUGCCGGUGCUCAGGGUAACUCGGGGUAUCAGCCUUCAGGGCCUUACGACUUAUAUACCCCCGGUCCUUCUGUCCCAAGAACGCCUUCUUUUCGUUCUGCUCUUCCUGCGCCGUGGGGCACAUUUCCCACGCUGCGGAUCGUCGUUCAGCGGGAUACGGUUCGUCCGUUUCCGUCUACGAUGACUGCACACAACGCUCAGCGUGGUGCAUCCCAGCGACAGGUUGUCGUUGGUCGCGGAAAAUUCACCGGAUGGGUCAAUGGAUGGGGACGAGAGGAUUGGCCGCGACGCGUGUUGGAUGGCCUAGAGGAGAAGAACGGAGGCAAGUUCGCUUUUCGUGUAGGACAAGACGGGGUCGACAUUGGUUGA